UAGUGUGUGUGCGUGAGUUUCGUGAUCACACUUUCCUAUUGCCAAUUUAAAGUCAGAAAGCUAUAUUUUUGACAUCUAUGUCAUUGAAUUCUAAUUGAACAACAUUAUACCAAAAACUAUUGUCGGUCAAGUGUCUCCGAACAUAAUUACUCGUAUUUGUCACGGUAUCUGCACACUUCCCCAGCAGUAAAGGAAGUACGAUGGAGGGCAAGAUGACCUAGGACGCUGCAGGAUCGUCUGGAUCGGGCUUAACGUGAAACUACUGGCCUGGCUGCAGUUCCUCUCACUGAAUUGAACGUCCAAAACAAGCAGUAAGCAGCUUUAGUAUAUUGUCUAGACAUGGGCAACAAAGUGAGGAACAUCCUGCAGAAUCUGAAGCUUGUCUUCUCUCUCAUGGUAUUUUGUUCCAUGCUAUGCAAUGUGUCAAUGUCAAGUAUCAACACUACUGCUCAGCCAACUAACUUCACAAAAUGGUCUUCCAAUUUCUCAAUGGCAUCAGUCAAGCCAACAAAACACCAUACUGUAAAAGAGGACAAAAUGGCCAAAAGCAUUGCACACCAAAGCAUGACUUUCUUUGCUGUUUUGCUCAUCCUGUUUCUCUGCAUCUUGGUUAUUACUUUCUUUAUAAACAAGAAAGUCCACUUUGUACCAGAAGCACUUGCAAUCAUGGUUUUAGGAGCUGUGAUUGGGGUGUUGAUAAAGUAUGUCAUUGGUUCUGCUGGAGUAGGCAUGAAAGAGUGGACGGACUUGCAAUAUUUUCGCCCUGACACCUUCUUCAUUGUCCUCCUUCCACCAAUUAUAUUUGAAUCUGGAUAUACCCUUCAAAAGGGUGAUUUCUUCAGCAACAUUGGUGCAAUUCUGACCUAUGCACUGUUAGGGACACUGUUAUCUGCAGUCAUCGUUGGGUGCACUAUGUAUUUUCUUGGCUUGUAUGGGAUCGUCUACAAACUCCAUUUUAUGGAAGCGUUUUCAUUCGGGUCUUUGAUAUCGGCAACGGAUCCUGUAUGUACACUGGCGUUAUUCCAGACCAUGAACGUUGACCAAGAUUUGUAUGCCAUCGUUUUCGGUGAAAGCGUUCUCAAUGAUGCUGUGUCCAUCGUCUUAACAUUAACUCUGGUUUCUGCUGCCAAGACAAUGGAAUCUGGCGACAUUGUUUACAGUUCAAUAGCUGGAAGUGCAGUUUCGAAGUUUUGUAUGAUGUUGUUUUUGUCAGCGAUCAUUGGCGUUGCUUUUGGUCUUGUCAGUGCCGUUGUUUUAAAGUACGUGAAUUUCAAGGGUCAUCCUUCAUUGGAAAUUGGUACCAUGAUUAUAUUCGCAUACAUGCCAUAUGGUCUUUCAGAAGGCCUUGAGCUCUCAGGAAUUAUGGCAAUUCUGUUAUGUGGCAUCACCAUGUCACAUUAUACACAUUUCAAUUUGUCACCUCUGAGUCAGAUAUCGGUUCAGCAGGUGUUUCGAUGUUUAGCAUUAAUUGCAGAAACGCUUGUAUUCCUGUUCUUAGGGAUGUCAAUUUUCAGUUCUGAGCAUGAGUUCGAUAUUCGAUUUAUAUCUUUUGCAAUGCUCGCCUGCUUGGUAGCAAGAGCUUGCAUUGUUUUCCCAUUGUCGCUCUUUUUUAUCUUCUGUCGAAUUAAAGAGAACAGAGUCUCUUUGAAAAUUCUCUCACUUAUAUGGUUUAGUGGUCUUCGUGGAGCUGUUGCUUUUGCGCAGAGUCUUCACUUGCCGUUGGCCAACGAAGAAGCAUCAAGAAUGAUCAUGACAACAACGCUUGCCAUCACUGUAUUCACAAAUGUGGUGCUUGGAGGCUUCACACUUCCUUUAGUCAAGCUAUGUAAAGUUGAAAGUGCAAGAAAGACAAACAAGGGAUUCGUCAGCAAGUCUCUCGGGCUGGGUAAAGUUGUUGGUCCACACCACGCUACCAAGCAAAUGUCACAAUAUCGUGAACGAAAUAGAAAGUCCCCCAUGAGCAUCAUCCGUGGAUGGAGAAGAUUCGAUAGGAAAUAUUUGAUCCCGUUCUUCAUAAAAGACCCUACACCAUUAGAAUACCAAGAAGCCGUUGAGCACAUGAUUGGACGCUGGGUCGAAAACGAGGAACGCACGGUAGGACUUUUAUCAUCUGCCGAGUAUGACGAAUUCAGUCCACUUUUGAUCACAAGGACUAGGAGGAAUAUUAUUCGGCCCGUCCGGAAAGCACUCGGUGUAUCAGAGGGCCGGUCGGAUUAUGAAAGUGACACACCCGCCUCGCCAACACGUAGAAGUGUAACCAAUCACGUUCACAUUAAUCCGGAUCCAGAAGUAUUUAUUGCGGAAUCGCCCAGUGAAGCCUCUCAUUCAUACAAAAGAUUCGACGAUUCCUCGGAAACCAAGGUUUACGUUUAAAACCUGAAAGACUGUGCCUUUCUUUCGUGGUGACCGGUAACAGUUUUGCUUAUUGUGACCGGAGCUUGGUUUGGUUUUUCACAACCCACUGGUAUACGCAUGUACACACACAUACACACUUAAGAGCAGCUUAUUUGAUAUGAGUUUUUGUACCUUUCAACAGGUUUAUAAGUAAUUUGAUUGUAGUAUUUUUCUUCAAAAUUUAAGGUAAGUCUUAAUGUAGUGUAAUGCAUGAAACAAAAUUCUUUUGGAUGCCAUUCUGUCCUUUCAGUACCAUUUAGGUGCUUUUUUGGGACAAGAAUUCUGGCUGGCUAAGAAUAUUAAGGCUUAAAAAAAUUAUUAGUCUUCUAUCAUGAAUAUUCACUUGCUUGGGAACAUAAUCCCAUUUUACUCUUUUUGAUACUAGCCAAUCACAACAUACUAAUUGGCCUUUAUCGUAAGGACGGUGAUUGUUAAUGUCCAAUGACACAAAAUUCAAUGACUUCAUGGCUAACAUUACUUUAUGUAAAAGCUAACAUGAUAUACCAUUUGGCAAUAAUAUGUACUCUAUUACCCCUAUAUUAAUCCCAUGGGCCUAUAUGCAAUUUUUUACAAUUUUCAAUUUGAAAAACACAUGACAUAUAGGCUAUGGGCCUAGAAAUUUCUUCCCCAGACGUCAGCUACUGGGACCAAAAAAUAAACCAAUGAUGUAAAUUUUUUUAUAUGACCUGAUGCAUCGAUAAUCAAAACUUUCUUAAGGGGGGAAAUGACAACAAGAAGGGAAAUGGUUUAGAGGUCUCAUUCAACUAUGUUCUAAAGGGACCAGACACAUAUAUCUUAAAAAAGAAUUUAAAGUUAAAGAUAUUUUCAAAAGAAAAUUUUAUUAAGGCAUUUCUAACAGGUUUUCUUUAUUCUGCAGUAUCUUUGACAUCCUUAUCUCGAAAUGAGAAGCCUCUUGCUUAAAAGCCCUUUGCCUUUAUACUGAGUGGAUACCCUCCAAGCUGAAAAGCUUUUUCUCACAUUUUGCUGAUAGAAGCUCUCCCACUAGCUAACAAGUCCACACAAAUAACUCUUAAUACUAAAAACCAAAAAUAUUUUUAUAAAAAUCCCUUUUAUAAACUCUUUCAGCAGAUAUGCCUAGAUGUUGAUAUUAACUAAUCAUAAAAUUUGUAUAAUUUGAAUUUAAUUUAUUAUUUUUGAAUUGUUUGGUUAUUCUAUUGUAAAUGGAAGCUUCUUUCAAAAUAAUGUUAAUGUUUUGGGAACAGAA